GUAAAAUAUGGGUACUUGUGUUUCAAAUUAGGAUGAUGUUAGAAAUGCUAAUCAAAUAGCUUUAUAAUUGUAAAUAAUAACAAAGGAAUAUUUAGAGAAAUAAAACAUUUCACAUGGAGUCGAGAUUCUCAUGGUUUAUUCGAUUAUGAAAAUAAAAAUGUGAUAAAAGGGUAAUUAAAAACUAAUUCCUCUAAAAGUAUUAAUUGUUAUUAAAACUAGUGAUUUUUAUAAGAUAAAAAGAAGCAAUAAGAAUUAUUUAAACAAAAGAUGAGCUGUUAGUAAUAAAUAAAUUUUAAUGAAUACUUUUAGUAGUAUUAAAAUUAAUCAGAUGUACAAGAACUCCUAAGAAUAAAUCGUUAGAUAACUAAAUAUUUUAUUGAAUCUAUAUAUCAACAACAACUAUCAGAAGAAACUGAAGGCUUAUCAGAUUUUAGUCCUUGGGUUGUUGUAAAAUCAUUGAAGCAAAAAAANUACAAAAAAUGCAAAAUGUGGAUGGUGUAGCAUGGAGGAAAAAUGUGUAGCAGGUGAU